CAUGGUGGCGCAACAGCCGGAAAGUCGCGCUCGCUUCUUGGCUCCGGCGAGGAAAAGUUCGCCCGAGAGCGAAAAGGUGUCAACGUUGUCAGAACGCCGUGGAAAACCGGAUGCAAAAUCAAACUCUCAAACUGUUAAUUUCUAAGGCAAAACAUUGUAUGUGCAGUUGGUGGAUAUGCCAGAUACAGAUACGAAUUCAGAUCGGAGAGAAGCCACAAUAAAGCCCGGGCGAGAAAUCAAACGAUCAGCAGCACAACAAGCGCUCAAAGCACAUUAGAAGCAAAAGGCAAAGCGCCUCAAAUUAACACUGAGCGUUAAAUACAAAAAACACAAAGCAGCGAGAAAAUAAAAUACAAAAUACAAGCCAUGGAUACAAAGGCAGCCCCUAAGCGGGCCGAAAUCGAGCAGUUUUUGUUGGAUGUGCGCGCCCAUUUCCGAGCCUCGCUUGAGACUUCGGAGUACGAGAAUGCCUCGAACCUCUUCCACAUGACGGCCGCGGAGCAGACCGCCGCUCUUCUCGCCCGCUGCGAGAUUCUACUGGCUGGAUCCGGAUCUGGACUGGGAUGCGCAGACGAGCAGGCGACGCCAGUUAACCAUCGAAGCAGCCUGGUCGACUGCGUCGACAGCAAGGUGGGCGCGGAGACCGGUCCCAGCGGCUAUCUGGAGAUACUCGCAUCCCCAUCCUCGUCGAGGAACUCGCUGUCCGCCUCGCGGGAAUACAUUGAUCUGGGCAGCAGCGGUUCUCUGGAUCGCUGCUCUGCACACCACCAACCGGUUACGGGAUCAGCGGAGAAGGAGCACCACCAGGGGCUCUACGAGAUCUGCCAGGGUGGACCGGGUGCGGAACAGGAGGAGGAUGAGUCCCAGCAGGUGAUCACCUUCACCCACGAACUGAUCAUCGAUUGCCCCUAUGCAGAUCUUCCCGCUGGUCACUUGUCCCUGCAGAGAUCCACCAAGUAUGGCCAGCUCCAGCGGAUCGUACCAAAGCGGCUGUUCUUCGACCAGACCCGCAAGUGCUACUGUGGCAUCCUCAACGACUGGAUGCUGUGCUAUGCGGAUGGACCCACGGCAUGCCGGCCGAGCAGCACCCUCUACCUGAAGAGCUCCUCCAUCGAGAUUGAGCACUUCGGCGAGGGCAAACGGCGCGACAUCUGCUUUCAAAUCACCACCGAUGACCCCAACAAGAAGUUCGUGUACCAGGCCAACAAUGAGGUCGAUGCCAAAGAGUGGAUUCACGCCAUCGAGGCGGCCAUCCGCGGAGAUGCCGGUGCCCAUCUGCCCCUAAAGAUUCCGAUUCCUCGCAAACUGCCCACGCCGCCGGUCCAGAAGAAGUCCACCUACACGGCAGCGGAUAUCAUCUACGAGGAGCCCUCGCCCGUCUACGGGCUCAUAGACUCCGCCGCAGUGGUGCUGCCGAAGCUGCCCGAAAAGAAUAAUAGUCCCAGCUCACUGGCCCGUCGCUUUGAGUACGAUGUGCCCAAGUGUCCGGCUCAGCCGCUGCAGGAAGCCGCCGCGCCUGCAGUUGCCACAGACGGUGAGGUAGAGUCCUUUGGCCUGCUCAACACUGAGAGCGACAUCCACGUUCAACCCCAACCAUCGAGCCUGCAUGGCGGCAUGUCGCUGGAUUUCCAGGCCCGUGUCAAAACCGUGCACAGCGAGCUCUCCAAUCAGCUGUCGCCGGGCGGUCCCAGUCCAGAUCGGCUCAAGAAGGCUGUAAAGAAGAGCUACUCGAAUGGCGGCGAGUCCGAAAUGCUGUCUCCCCUGACCAGCCCCGGCCUCACGCCCACCAAGGAACAGAAGAAACAGCGCAAGUCGCAGACCACGCCGCAGACGAGUCCGGCGAGCAAGGACUGUGAUAAGCUGGCCCGCAAUUGGUUUCUGAGUCGCCUCAACAAGAGCAGCGGAACCAAGGCCACCGGCACGGGCUCACCUGGUUCGUCACCCAGCAAUGCCAAGUGCAAGCAGAGCGAGAAGGAGAAUCUGCUGACGGACUCGGAGCUGGGCGAGGGCUUUGAUGGCAGUCCCGGCGAACGAGAUCUCGGUUUGCCCGGCCUUCCCACAUCGCCAUGCCUGAAGGCGGAGGCCAAGAGCAAGGUAAACAUGAUCAUCAACCAGUUCGAAAGCAGCGGCCACCUGAGCACCAUGUUCAGCGUGGAGGCGCUGGCCGCCAAUGCGCUGGCAUCGCUGACAUCCUUCUGCGAAAGCGAUGGCUGCAACAACUACGAGCCCAUCAUGCCGCUGGCCACGCCGCCCAGCAGCUACCUGAAGAAGGUGUAGCCGUAGCCCCUAUCAUCUGACAUCUGACACCCCGGAGAGACACCGUUCGUCUCCGUAUUGUAGAUUUAGUCCCUAGGCUAGUGAAACUCACUCUCCGGAUGUCACAUUAACUUUGACAUAAAAUUUUAAUAUCAAAACAUAA